AGGAUGAGAGGACGGUGUUCAGGUCCAGCCCCUUUCCUCCCCGAGCACGUAGCCUGGAUUUCACUUUUCAUUUACACACUCCUCCUCCCUGAUCCACCCUGCCGUCCAGGGGACUCCGACCAUCCAUCCAUCCAUCCCUCCAUCCCAACACUGCGCCUCAGGAUACACCCGCAGUUUCCAUGCAAUACUAAUUGUGUUUGGAAGUAGGCGGGGAUUUGCAAAGGAGCUCUUCAGCCGCAUGUAAUCUAUUAUUAUUAUUUCAUGUUAUUUUUUUUUUUUUUUACUUCUACGCCCGACUAUUGCAUUCCCACGAUGCCAAAACCGGUGGAAACCCUGCUGUGAAAAAAGAGACGUUGCAAUAAUAAAAUAAAAAGGUGUAACCGGAGGCAGCACUAAGAGAACCGGACCAGAAAAAGCGGCGUAAUUCUGCCGUCAGCAUGGCUGCCAACAUGAUGCAAUCCCCCAGCAUUUGGCCGGGGGAAGAGCAACCCUCACUUCUGGACCAGGAAGGCUCUCUGUCGGGUCAAGCCUCCGUCUCCGUCUCCCUGCCGUGCCCACCAGUCGUGGGCGAGGAAAUUCACAACAGCAGCCCGGUUUGUACGAGGCCCCCGCGCAGCAGAUCCAAAGGGGAACUGGUCAUAGUCAUCAACGAGAACCUGAAGAACAGUAACGGGAUCCACCCGGCGCCUGCAGAGAGCACCUCUCCCGUCAUCUCCUCCCCUCCCAGAAGACAGCACUCCCUCUCCUACCCUCAUCACGCCAAAACCAGAAAGGGGAGCAGGGCGAGCUCCAUCGGUUACACCGCCUUCUCUCCCAGGCCGUCCAUCUCUCGCCACUCCAGCAUCGCCACCGAGCCACCCUUGGACCGCACCAAGGUCAAGGACUACCUCCUCCUGUCAGUGCUGGCCUGCUUCUGUCCCGUCUGGCCCAUCAACAUCGUCGGAUUCGUCUACUCCAUCAUGGCCAGGAACAGUCUGGAGCAGGGAAACCUGGAUGGCGCCGUGCGUCUGGGACGUGUGGCUAAGAUGCUCGCCAUAGUGUCACUAGUAGGAGGGAUGGUCAUUAUCAUCGCCUGCGUUGUCAACCUGGCCAUAAAUGUGAAAACCUGAGUUUCAUCCCAGGAUGAAACUGGAUAAGGCAACUGACCACCUGGCCCACACCUGCACCACCAUCUUUACCGCCUAGUCAUUACCUGGAUGUGUGACAAAUGUGCACCUGAAAUGCAGUGCUUAUACUUAUAUUUCUGUAAUAUAUCUAUAUAUACACCCCCUUUUGCUAAUGGAUAAAUCUUAAAUAUGCAAAUGCUGUCAGUGUAGGGUGGAGAGGGACUGGUGUGUCUGAUGUUUAAUGGAGAGGGGAGCUGACAGACUCAUCAGUCCCUUUCAAUCCCGACCAGCACACCUUCACAACAGUUUUUACCAAUGACACAACCCCCUUUGAGAACACCAAGCAGAAGCAGAAGGCCAGUGGUGAUGGUUUCAGCCUCCCAGCUUCAUCUCUACACCCAAGACCACCCUUCACCGCACCAACAACAGGACGUACCGACUUGCUGUUACAUCCCUUCACACACGAGGCUGCAGGAUCUGUGUUGCGCUGGAGUCAAACAGCGGAAAUUCAUCCAUGUUCCCCCUCGCAGCGAAGAAACGCUGUGAACCACUCUCUAGUUUAAAACUGUCCUCUGUGACUUUCACGACUCCGAGAAGCCCCACAUCUUGUGCUGUAGAGCGAGUGCACGGGUGGCAGAAGAGGAUGAAAGAGAGGCUUACCAAGGACUAGCUAUUGGUGCUAAACUGGAAGGGAUUAUGGAAAGUCUCGCGCAGACGGCACAGUCAUCACUGCAAGCUAAAAUAUGUGCCAAACAGAAGAAUCUGGAGGGAAAGUUUAUUCCUCUGUUAACUCUCGUUAGAGGAACAUGAAAUGUACUUUUGCUGUCCUCAAAUGUUACUGUAUAUCUGCUCUGCACCACUGACCACUGUGACCUGGGAAAGGGUUGACUGACGAAAACCAACCGUAGCAAAAACACAUCGACUUUACAGCAGAAACCAGUUUAGCUGUAUCCGCUAUAACCUGUCUUUUGAUAAUGUUUGUAACAAAUCCUUUUAAAACAGAGUUUUUUUCCUCACGCAAUGUUCUUGAAGGUAGAAUUGUGUGCAGUGUGUGUGCGCGCGUGUGUGUGCGUGUGCAUGUGCGUAUGCGUGCGUGUAGGGAGGCAUCACUAUUUGCUUAACAAAUUCAAUAGCUUGUUAUUGCCACCAGAGAAGUGUAUAUAUCCUCCGUUUCCAUCCACAGGUGCUUUCAAACCAGACUUAUUGGGGCGUUCUUGCCCCUUGAAGAAGCCCAUGAUCAAUGGUUUUUCUCCUGGUUGUGAAAGCACCUUUAAAUUUGCUCAUUUUUCUGUGAAAAUGAGGAGAUCUGUGGGGAGGAUAAUUAAGUAACAGUAUGGCAGCAAUAGUUUGGAGAAGUCCGUUUGUUAUUCCUGUUAUGGUAUCUGCUGUGUAUCCCUAAGUAACCUCUAAUCUUUAUCUACCUGUGUUUUUCACUGUGAUCUGAAACGACUGGGUUUCGUCGAGACCAGAUGAAAAGCUUCUUAUUUACUGUGUCCUCGAUUUUCAAUCAUCUAAAGACAAUUUUGACAUUUGUUUUUCUUUCUAACAAGGUAAAUGUAAUUGUAAUCAACAAAUUGUAUGUAUUCUGCAAAUAGAAAUCUCAAUAUUGUGAUAUUUCUCUAGUUGACAUGAGUUAUGUAGUGAUUAUCUAAUGUAGGCACAGAAACUGUCCCCUAGCUUCCUGAAAGCCUUUAUAUUCCCAGCGGGUUUCUAUAAUCUUUGUUUAUUGGCAUGCUGUGGAUUUUUAUUUAUGUAUGAUGGUAGUAAACUGCAAAGAUAAAGUGGCACAUGGAAUAUUAUACUUCUGUGGCGCAUUCAUAAUAAAGACACA